ACGAAGACUGUGACGACUAUUUGAACUAGUUGAAAAGGCUUGAUUGACCCUUGGGAUUGAAUUUGGCUAGGGCGCCCUCGUAAGGCGUAGGGUAGGGAUUUGAAACCUGAGGCCUCUCCUCAUCUAGUUCUUUCGUUACGCCGAGAAGAAAGAAGCUUGGAAGAAGAGAUGGUCAAUCUUCUCUUAUGGACGAGACUGCUAAAAAAGAGGCUCUUUAAAGCCAGAACGAGUCCUCUCUUGCGGGAGGGAUAGGCGGGAAAGGUGGACUAAGUCUUUCUGGGCGGCGAUGACGCGAUGUACAGGCACGCUGGAAGCAUUUGUCGUAGGACCGUGCUCGUUCUAUUGUCCGCUCUUGUAGUGCUCGGAGUAUCCAGUGGCUCUAGGACUUCUCCUAACUUCCACCUUUCACCUUCUGUAGGGAGGAAGAAGAAAAAAACGCUUUUCUUUAGCAAGGAAGUCUAAGCCAACUAUAGUACAAAGAGUAUAACUUUAAUCUCUAACUAUAACUAAGUAUUAUAAUGUUUUAUCCGCUCGCUAUUGGUCGUUUAGUAAAGGUAUGGGCCUUAGAUUAGGAUUAUGGGCUAGUCCUUUUUGUUGAUUUAGCUGUUAACACGAAUUUUUCAAGGUUGGAAGCAGGGAUACGGGCGGCUAGAAGGGACCUCCCACACAAGGAAUAGAGAAUAGAGAGGAGGACCUUUCCUUUAUUAGAGUAGAGCCGGGAACGGCAAAAACAGAGAAAUUCCUAGAUUCUUUACUAGAGUCCGACUCGCUUGUGUUAAGCAUAUAGCUAAGGUUCACCCUUGUAAAUAUUCUUUAGCUAAUGAAAAAGAAAUAUUUCAAAAGUUUUCAUUUUUUCUCUAUUUCCAACGAAAUAAAUUGCUUAUUAUAGUAUAGUGAGACUUCCUUUCUUUUCAAAUCUUCCAGUAGUUAGCUUGGAUCGAGAAAGCUCCGCCCAAUAGUGCUUAGCCGUGUGUGGACCGAAAGGGUCUCGUGAAGCCGGUAACCGUUAGCCUAAGAUCAAGUCUAAACUACGAUAAGGGAUGAGAAGUUUUGUGAAGUUAUAACUCUUUCAAAAAAAAAGUGACUUCUUGUUUGUGUUCAGUGUUCUUUCUUUAUUAAAUGAAGAGAAAGAAAGAGAAUAGUAAUAGUAGGAAUUCUCUUAUCCCAUUCGGAAGGAUCUCAUUCAAUAGAUCCAACCCAUUUCUAGGGUAGGGUAGAUAGAGGAGUUCGUCCCCCGCUUCUCCGCUUCAUUCUUUUCAUCUUCCCUUUUCUUAUAAUACACUAGAUAGCGCCUUUGUUCGAUAGUUCGAUAGUCGUAACUAUUGGCCUCUGAGUCCAUCUUAGGUUAGGUCUAACUCAAUAAAUUGUGUAAGUGAAGGCGGAUCGAGCUUAUCAUUUUUAUUAUCUUGUCUCCACUCCUUUUGGCCGGCAGGAGAGAAUGUCAUCAAUAAGCCAGCAGAUAUCUGAGAUCCUGUCCUCAACUCAUGAAUGGACUCUUUCUGUCCGACCUUAUGUUAGCUUAGCUGCCCCCUCCGCUUUGAAGUGUGCUCUCGGCGAAUAUGGUAUCUCAGGCUGAAGCCGAUCAGACGAUUUUGCCUUAUCGUCUUGGACCUUCGAGAAUUUUAUAUUGUCAAAGAUGGAACUCGCUUUUUUACACCAAUAUAGACUCUUCUUUCCGGGGCUCCCUCUGGGUCCGGGCUUGCCUCGCCUCUUUGAAAAAUGGGGCCUUUCAGACAACGACUUUAGAAAAGGGUGAACGGGUCAUUCGUCGCGGGCCUUUCCUGUUCCUGUUGACAGUUGGCAGUCGGAUGAGUUGAUUGGCAAGCCAGCUAACGGGGCCACGAAGGGCCCAACGGAUUGAGGGCUCGAAAUUUUAUGCUUAACACACGCGAGUCGAUCAGUUCGCCCUUAAGAAGGAGGCUUAAGUUAUCGGUUCGAAUCCGAAUAAGGGCUUUUUUUCCGGUAUGCCGCUUCAAAGCAAGAAGCGAAUGAAUGUUAAGUUAAAAAAAAAAUCAUGCAUGAUAAGAUAAGGCCCCAAAACCAACUCAUAGUUGUAAACGCCCUUACCUCAUUAUGUAAUGAAAUUUCAAACCAGCAUAAUAAAAUGGGGAACCUCCCGCGGGGCCAAACGAUAUCCUUUAUACCACAGCGGUUAAUAUAACAAGGGGAGCCAUAACCGAUACGGUGGAGCACCUUUUCCAACGUCAUAAUAUCCCCCUGCCGCCUAAUUGGACCUACGGGCAACUGGUCACUGACAUCCUUGGGAAUGAUCUAACUCUGCAAAAUGUUUCUUCUGUUUUGCAGAACAUCACUCAGCUUGGUCUUGCUAGUGAUGAAUUCCACCAACUACUUCAUUUUUAAAAUUAGGCGGCAGGAGGCGGUUUUGGUUAGCGCCGUUGCGUUGGUUAACAACCAAGUUCCCCAACAGCAGCUUAGCUUAGUAGCUUAACUCUUUCUACUGGCGUGGCGCUGCUGGAUGCUUUUUUUUGAUCAAUAGAACAGGAAGAGGAGUCAGCCAAAAAGAAAGACCACCAAAAGUAACGACCACCAAGAUACGCAUAGUGAUUCGAUCUUUUGAUCACCCAUUUAUGGAAAACCUUUUUUGGGGGCUUCCGCCUUACACACGGAAGAUUGGAUUGCCUGAAUCACGAGUCUUAUAUACUGUGUUACGAUCACCUCAUAUUGAUAAAAAGUCCAGAGAACAAUUUGAAAUGGAAAUCAAGAAACAAUUUCUGGUCAUAAAAACAGAAAGGCAUGAAUUGCGCAAGAAGUUCUUUCGGUUAAAACGCCGUGCGACUUGGGGGACAUAAGACUUCUUGGUCAAGCCAAAAAUCUUUCCGACAGGGUGCUCCUACCCCACCAUGCCCGGCCCUUUACCUUACCUUAAGAAGAAAGAGGGGGUAUGAAGCGUGGGAAACAAUGCAAGAAGUGUUUGAUACAGCAGGUAACCUUAAGGAGUGGCGGCAAAGCUCUUGAUUGAUCAACGCGAGUGAACUGUGCUUAGACGCUUCGUAAAACCGCACCGGUCUACGAGAGGAGCUGAUGGAUGAGUAGGCUUCCCCUUUCGAUUCACGGAAUGUGAUCUGGGACACGAUGGGAGUUUGCGUGCCUCGGUAGGAAAGAGAUCGCCGGAGUAUAGCACAAGAUCACCUUUUCUUGCUGCCAUGGGGUCGACCUGUAAACAAGGUAAACCCAAUGGGAACCAAAAAACGGGAGGGUACCGCAUUGGGCAGAAGACGAUCCAAAAAGCGAAGGCUCACCCAGCUGAAGGAAGGAGCUUUGGAAGCUCACCUUAUUAUUAGAGAAAGAGGAAAGGGGCAACCUAUCUUACUAAUAAUAAGAAAGGGGGUGAGAUAGGCGACAGGUAGCUUGCUUCCAAGCCGGCCCGGCCGCGAGGAAUCAAGAGAUCUUUGCCGGUGCUGACUUGGAUCUCGGGUGACGGAAUAAGGCGGCCAGAAGCGACGAGCAGUCGCGGUCGAAGCUUGGCUCUAGCCGAUAGGCUAGCAGUAAGCUUGACUACAGCGAAGCGCUUACCAAGCGCGAAGGAAAGGGCCUUCGCCACUUGAGCCGCAUGCGGGGGAACUCGCACGUGCGGUUCUUAGGGGGGGCUAGUAGGAGCCAUCCUAUCCCAAUCCCAAUAGCGUAUAUUUGGAGCUCAAUAUGAAAUCCUAUUUUCUUGCAAGACCCGUUCGGAUAAGGAAAAACUCCAGAGAUUGCUUCGAAGUAAGAUCCUUGCGUUGACCUUUUCCUGAACCAGAACGGGGGGUUAGAGGAAAAGGGGAUCAAGAUGUCCCAUCAAUAAAGUGAGGGCUUUCCGGACCUUCCCCCCUCACUCCCCCUUUUUCAAUAAAGAAGCCCCGCUCGGGGCCCCUCUCUGAUAAGGAAGGAAAGGAAAUAAUCUCAAUUUUAUGACAAAUCCGGUCCGAUGGCUGUUCUCCACUAACCACAAGGAUAUAGGGACUCUAUAUUUCAUCUUCGGUGCCAUUGCUGGAGUGAUGGGCACAUGCUUCUCAGUACUGAUUCGUAUGGAAUUAGCACGACCCGGCGAUCAAAUUCUUGGUGGAAAUCAUCAACUUUAUAAUGUUUUAAUAACGGCUCACGCUUUUUUAAUGAUCUUUUUUAUGGUUAUGCCGGCGAUGAUAGGUGGAUCUGGUAAUUGGUUUGUUCCGAUUCUGAUAGGUGCACCUGACAUGGCAUUUCCGCGAUUAAAUAAUAUUUCAUUCUGGUUGUUGCCACCAAGUCUCUUGCUCCUAUUAAGCUCAGCCUUAGUAGAAGUGGGUAGCGGCACUGGGUGGACGGUCUAUCCGCCCUUAAGCGGUAUUACCAGCCAUUCUGGAGGAGCAGUUGAUUCAGCAAUUUCUAGUCUUCAUCUAUCUGGUGUUUCGUCCAUUUUAGGUUCUAUCAAUUUUAUAACAACUAUCUCCAACAUGCGUGGACCUGGAAUGACUAUGCAUAGAUCACCCCUUUUUGUGUGGUCCGUUCUAGUGACAGCAUUCCCACUUUUAUUAUCACUUCCGGUACUGGCAGGGGCAAUUACCAUGUUAUUAACCGAUCGAAACUUUAAUACAACCUUUUCUGAUCCCGCUGGAGGGGGAGACCCCAUAUUAUACCAGCAUCUCUUUCGGUUCUUCGGUCAUCCAGAGGUGUAUAUUCCCAUUUUGCCUGGAUCCGGUAUCAUAAGUCAUAUCGUUUCGACUUUUUCGGGAAAACCGGUCUUCGGGUAUCUAGGCAUGGUUUAUGCCAUGAUCAGUAUAGGUGUUCUUGGAUUUCUUGUUUGGGCUCAUCAUAUGUUUACUGUGGGCUUAGACGUUGAUACCCGUGCCUACUUCACCGCAGCUACCAUGAUCAUAGCUGUCCCCACUGGAAUCAAAAUCUUUAGUUGGAUCGCUACCAUGUGGGGAGGUUCGAUACAAUACAAAACACCCAUGUUAUUUGCUGUAGGGUUCAUCUUUUUGUUCACCAUAGGGGGACUCACUGGAAUAGUCCCGUAUGACCUUUAG